AUGUGGUCCGUUAUUCGCAGGCUGCAGGGCGAGCCAAUCGCCGACGCCAGCGCAGUAGACGAUCUGACCCGCUUUGAACGCAACCAGCGUUGCAUUGCGAUGCACGAGAUGAGGCCGCACCCCCGGCCGCUCGACCCGGAGAUUUUCACGCGUGCCUACGGCGAGUUAGGGUAUGAGAAGGUGCGCGUGUGGAUGCUGAGCGACGACGUGGCGAGGCGACGGCAGGCUGUGGAUCACCUCCUCGAGCUGUACGUAAUGCAGCGGGAGAACGUGAUUCGUAGCCUGCGCUACGGAUUUCUCGAGCUGAUGCUCUCCACACUCCACCACGAUGAGGCGGAGGAGAUGAGGUGCAAGGCCGCUGAGGCUCUCGCACUUCUUCUGCGGGAGCCGAAGGCGCUUGACAUGCUUCUCGCUAUGGACGACGAUAGGGCGACGCUGCGCGAGCUGCUCAACACCCUCGAUGAUCCUUCAUCAGACGUUAUUGUGCUAGCCUUGCGUCUGGUGAUUGUGUGCCGCGCGGCGUACAACGCGUACGAGGCCACGCGGCGUCUUGUUGGCUACGGCCUCAUCGAGCGCUGCAUCGUUCUGCUGCGCCACGAUGAGGAUAAAGUCGCCGCAAUGGCCUGCUCCGCCCUUGUGACGAUAUUUGACGUAAAGGAGGCGUUCAUCCCGUUCAUCAAAGCGGCCGGCAUGAGGGCGGUUACUGCGGCGCUGGCGAGAAAUGACCCGUUCGUUGCGGCGGAGGCCGCGGAGGUGGUAACACAGGCCGCCUCCUAUCGCCUGGGCAAAAAAGCCGCGGUCGACAGCGGCACUCUCGUGGCGCUGGUACCGUACAUGACACACGACAACCUGCGGGUGCGCACAGCCGUCACUGGCGCGGUUGCGCAGCUUACCAUCUACGAGCCGGGGAAACAGCAGGCGGUGGAUGAUGGCAUUGCGCAGGUUCUUCUUGCGCUGCUGAUGCGGGAAGAGGAGGAGGAGCGCGACGUCCUUGUCAACGUUGUCAAGACAAUUGUCAACGUCGCCGAGCACCCGAUGGGAAGGCGGCAGCUCCUCAGCGCAAAGGGGCGUUUGCAGCGCAUCGCUAGUGGCGCCGACGACUACCAGCCGCUGACAUCAUCUGUCUGUGAGGCUCUUAGCCAGUUGGAGAGAAAAUGCUAG